AUGAGUACAAUCGAAACCCUCGACGAGACCGUCGCCGCCCUGGCCACCGCCGUCCUCCUCCUCUCCGCUGCCUCCGCCGCCGCCGUCCUCCACCUCCGCUUCCGCUCCUUCCGCUCCCGCCGGCGCAACCGCCUCCUGGGCCUCAACUCUCUCUGGCCCGUCCGCCUCCUCCUCGUCCUCUUCGCCUCCCUCUGGGCUCUCGCCGAGCUAUUCCGCCUCCCCCUCCUCCGCCACCUCCUCCGCCUCCCCCUACCCCUCCGCCACGAUCCCACCCCGCUCUGCGUCGCCCACGUCUUCGCCGCCCACGCCCUCGCCGAGCCCUGCUUCUUCGCCACCGUCCUCUUCCUCCUCCGCGCCUCCAACCAGGCGAAGUCCUCCACCCCCGCUGCCUUCGCUGCCGCCCUUGCCACCGCCAUUCCUUUCCUCACUCUCCACGCCCUCUUCCUCUACCUCCCCGUCGACCUCCUCGGCCCGCCCAGCUUCGCCUACCGCGUCCGCCCUUCCGCCGAGCCCCGCUGCACCUACCCGCUCUUCGGGGCCGUCCUCCUCGCAGCCCUCGGCGCCGUCUACGUGCCCCUCUUCGUGUCCGCCUGCUGGGGGGCCGUCUCGGUGGUGAUCAACAAGCGCCUUCGCGUCCGGCUCUACGCGCUCGCCGCCGCCGUGGUGGCGGCGCUCUGCGUGCAGGUGGCGACGUUGGCGCUCUCGGCGCUCUGGGACCCGGGGAAGGUGACCUCCGAGGGGCUGAAGCUGGCGGCCUUCGUGGCCGUGAGCUGCUGCGCCGCGGCCGGGGAGGUGAUCCUCGUCAUCCAGCCCGUCCUGGAGGCGCUCGCCAUCGUCGACCCGGACCCGGCUGGGACGGAGGGCGAAGAUGACGUGACGGGCAUCGAUGCCGCUGGUUUCGGGGAAGGAUGA